AUGGCGGAGCUGCAGGCGAUGCAGGCCUUAACCCUCGACCCUGUGCAAGCAGCGCUGAUCACAGCGAUGAACACAGCGAUUGCGGACAAGAAUACGGCAAUUGCGGAGAAGCAGGCGGCGAUUGCGGAGAAGCAGGCGGCGGUCGACCAGGCGAAGGCAAAAAAGAAGGCUGCGAAGGAAAAAGCGAAGGCGGCGAAGGCGGAGGUCGACCAGGCGAUUGCAGACAAGAACGCGGCAAUUGCGGACAAGCAGGCGGAAGUCGACCAGGCGAAGGCAGACAAGAACGCGGCAAUUGCGGAGAAGAAGGUGGCGGUCGAUCAGGCGGGUGGAUGGCAUUUACCACCAAAUUCGUAUUUUGUGACUGCUCUUUUGCUCGCUGCCGCGGCGAAUGUGGCUAGCCCACCCAGUUCUGUGUCCAUUGGCACUGACCCCGCUCGUCGCAGCGCCAUUGGUAGCCUGAUCAUGGUCCAAGUCAAAUCGAGCGACUCUCACCAUCACGAAGCUUGUUUGCAACUCGCAAGUUAUCUGCUUUACUAUCGUCUGCAGUUCAACGACACACAGAUUCCGGCCAGUGUUCAAUCGUGGCCAGCAUGUCUUUACGGCAUGGCCUGGCUCGGCUGCAAUGUCUAUGUCGUCCGAGUCGAUCUGAAGCUGGAUGGCAAGCUCAUUCAACCUGCGAUCACUUUUUGUCAUACUGAACCAGCGAGUCCUCCAGGGCGGACAGCCACCCACCCAGCGGACAGGCCCCACCCGGCAAUGAUGCAACCACACAACACGACCCUGGAGCCGGCUAUGGUACCUCCACCGAUGGAGGGACUGCAGGCCAGGCCGACUCCCUUGUUCUCAAUUUGGCAACUGGACCGCAACCUCUGCUCGAUGUUUCAUCGCUCUUUCAUGCUCACCGCCAAGCUCCGCCUGAACUCGAGCGAGGAACUCACCAACGUGGUGGUCAAGGCUGCAGCCGCAUCUGACACGGCGCUCACAGAACAGCUGGCGCGGGAGGGCAUGGCGCUAGCCCGCCUCAACCGCGACCGAAUGGCGGCUUCAGCUCAUCGCAUUCCCGAGCUGCUAGCUUUCUGCACUGCCGAUUUCGACGGAGAGCCUGGACUGGCGUUGGUCACGGGCCUCAUUUCUGGCACGAGCAUUGACUGGAAGCAACAUCAACCACAUGCGGCAAGCAUCGCCUUGCAAGUUUGUGACACGCUUCGCUGGAUUCAUGCGCAAGGUGUGGUGCACGGCGAUAUUCAUCGUGGAAACUUGCUGGUCACCGAGACGAAAUUGCCACCGACGCCACCGGCCUCACCGCCCAAAAGCGCCCUCGAGCCGCCGUCGAAAGGCGCUGUCGAGUUGCCACCUCAUUCGAUUGCGUUGGUCGAUUUUGGGCUUUCUUGCUUCCUUCCAGAUGUGACGCGCGAGCAUGUGCAAGCAGCACUCUUGGCGGCGCCGGUGACUGCCGCAGCUGCUCAGGAGCUCCAACCAUGGCUCGAUCGCGUCGAACACAACGCGUGGGAGAUGUGGCCAAACCAUUUUUACGACAUUGCGAGCUUCGAGGAGGUCGCUACUCCGCAAGCCGACUUUCUCGGUCUCGGCUUGCUUGCUGUGUCGCUGGAGGUAGGCGGCACAAAGGUCCUGCAGCAGCAUCUUCAUCUGGACGACUCCGCCGCUUUGUCUUAUUCGGCUCGGACUCUGAAGCGCCACCUGUUGCGUGAUCAAGACGGUCUACUCUCCCAGCUGCUCGCGCAGAGCCCUACAACGUUGCUCGAGGUGCAGAAGAUAGUUGAGCUUGCAGAUCAACCCCAACCUCUCCUUUAG